AUGUUAGAUAUUGAAAGGCGAAUUAAAAUAAAUCUGCAACGAAAAACACAAAUCGUUGCUCCACCGGGUAACGCGACACAUCAGUACAACAAAACACUAGCGUUACUACCAACAGCAACGGUACUCAUAUUAGACGGCCGAAAUAGUCUUCAACCAUGUCGAGUACUGCUUGAUUCGGGUGCACAAGUCACGCUCAUUUCUGAGGCGUGCGCACAACGUCUAGAGCUUAAGCGUUCAUACGAUAAAACUUUAAUUCAUGGUGUCGGGGCAGGCACUGGAAGUUAUACAAAGGGUAAGGUGUACCUACUAUUGAAGGCAACGUAUUAUGAGAAGAUGGCAACAACAGAGGCUUUAUGUGUGGAUCGCUUGACACAAAAUCUUCCUGGCCACACAAUCAACAACGAAAAACUUAAUUAUUUCAACAACCUGAAAUUGGCUGAUCCCCAAUACAACUCAACGGGACGGAUAUACAUUAUCUUGGGUGCAGAUAUAUUUAGUGAAUGUUUACUACAAGACAAGAUUGUACACCCAAGUGGAUCUCCAAGCGCAAUACAAACAAUUUUCGGCUGGGUUAUUGUUGGUAACGUUGCUAAUCAGCGAAAUCUUGAAAUAGUACCAGCGCAUAUGACAGUCGACUUGGGUGAGCAACUGCAGCAGUUUUGGAAAGUCGAGGAAUGUAACGAAACAAUGAAUCACCUGACACCUGAGGAAGAGCAAGCAGAAAUACACUUCCAACAACACGUUCAGAGGGAUUCCAGUGGACGAUACAUCGCCAGAUUCCCAUUUAAGAGUACAGUGGUUAACUUGGGGGACUCGAGGCAGGCGGCGUUAAAACGAUUUCAUGGUUUGGAAGCCAAAUUCUAUAAAAAUGUGUUGCUUAAAGAAGAGUAUACCGAGUUUAUUCAAGAAUUUUUCGAGUUGGGGCACAUUGAAGUAGCAAGGAGCUGCUCAUCUAGCAAGACAUAUUUCAUGCGACACCACGCAGUGUUUAAGCCUAGCAGCACUACAACAAGGGUACGCGUAGUGUUCGAUGCGUCCUGUAAAACAGACAAUGGAACGUCACUCAAUGAACAACUACUAGUAGGUCCUACAAUACAGAGGGAUCUGUUCACAAUCCUAAUACAAUUUCGCAGGUAUAAAAUAGGCUUCAUUGGGGACAUAGAAAAGAUGUAUCGCCAGGUGCUCAUACAUCCAGAUGACCGCUCGUAUCAACGCAUUUUAUGGAGAGAUGAUGAAAGUAAGCAAAUCCAGGAAUACAAUUUAAGGACAGUGACGUAUGGAACAGCCUGCGCGCCUUUCCUGGCUACCAGAACUCUGCGUCAAGUAGCGAUUGACAAUGCUGAACUGAAUCCCGAUGUUUCAAACGCGAUCGAAACCUGUUUUUACGUAGAUGAUUUCAUAUCAUGCGCAAGUAGUGUAGAAGGAGCUACAAACCUAAAAAACGACUUGUGUAAAAUUCUUGACAGUGCUGGAUUUCACUUGCGGAAAUGGUCGUCGAAUUCACCACAGUUCAUUGAUAGCAUUCCCACACAAGACAGAGAGUCCUCUACAGAGACCGUAAUCGAUGAUACCCAAACUGUGAAAACCUUGGGGUUGUUGUGGAAUACAACCAAGGAUUGUUUUAAAUUUAGUGUGACGCUGGGGGCCAUGCCACAUGUCGUUACAAAACGUACAGGUUUGUCUGAUAUAUGCAAAAUCUUCGAUUCGAUCGGUUGGUUGGCACCAGUUGUCGUUAGCAUGAAAAUUUUUAUGCAAAGGCUGUGGCUGAGAGGUGUUGACUGGGAUCAACCAUUGCCUGAAGAUCUAUUAACCCAAUGGCUGGUGUUACGUGAUAGUAUGUGCCAGAUAACCAACUUGCAGAUUCCAAGAUGGUUACAAUUGUCAGACGACAACCACGUCGAGCUUCACGGAUUCGCUGAUUCAUCAGAGUUGGCAUAUUCAGAUGCAAUCUAUUUGUGGGUGCGACGUCCAGAUGGAAUAAUAUAUACAAAUCUUAUUGCUGCAAAGACUAGAGUAGCCCCCGUUAAGCAGGUCACAUUACCACGUUUGGAGUUGUGCGCAGCACAGCUAAUGGUGAAACUGAUGGUGAAGCUGCAGCAUAUAUUCAACAUUGAGAAUGAUAGGAUGUUUGGUUGGUCGGAUUCCACGGUAGUGUUGGCCUGGAUUGCGGACCAUCCGAGACGUUGGAAAUCAUUUGUCGCGAACAGAACAUCAUACAUCAUCAAUAUUAUACCCGCUACACAAUGGUUCACAGCAUAA